GUGUCCGUGUCCGCUGUUGUCAUUGUCCGUCUCCGUACAUUUCGAAAUGCUACUUGUACUUACUUUACGAGUGACUUUUGAAUGAUUAAAAAAUAAAAAUUGAAAAGUCGAAUAUUAUAACGUUGCAAUUACUCUUGCUUGAGAAUAAUUUUUGUUUCCGUUCGCGAUCGCGUUGCCAUUCAAUCAUUCAAUAAUCAAAACCAAUCGUGAUCGAGUAGCGAAACUAGCUAGUACCCACUACCCAGACCCACCACAGUUGUAUCAUCUUUGAAAAGCGAAAGAACGAGUUGCAUGAUGAAUAGUUUGACGAUAUGUUCACGCGCCUUCAAGCCUUCGAUCACUGCGAUCAACUGUGGUAAAAUCGCCCUCAACCGAAGCGUCUAUAUUUUGUCAUCGAGACCGCGCGUCAGUUAUUGCAAUUUUGCGAACAACGUCAGCAAAUGCCGCCUCGGAUACUUGAAGAGUUUCACCUUGAAUCAGAUAACGGCUAAUGGUAAACGACUGGUGUCGAACAAUUCGGCCUCUCCGGUGCCGUCUUACAAAAACAAAGAUCACGCUAACGUGUGGUUGUGGGAACGCUUCGUGGCUGUAGGAUUGCUCGGAGUUAUUCCAUUUUUAGCCGAUAAAUCGUCGCCUAAGGCGGUCGAAUAUAUAGCCGUUACUCUCCUAACUGUGCACUUACAUUGGGGCCUGGAAGCGAUUUGUACGGAUUAUUUACGACCAUCUGUUGUCGGAACUGUAAUACCAAAAUGUAUACCAGUCAUCGUUUUGGCUCCGCUCGGUUUCCUGCUUUACGGUCUCGUUAAUUCGAUUCAGUCCGACCGUGGAAUUACUCACGUACUUCGGCAGUUCUGGUAUUUGAAAACCACCGAGCAACUGAAAAUCGAACAAAGUCAGUAGCGAUUCGGUGUCUGUGUCAGCGGCGUAAAUCGUAGUCGACUACUUUUUCCUUUCCUGUUUUUUUUUUUUGUUUUUUUGUUUUCGACCGUUUCGUUAUAAUGGCGCGCAAUUUUAACUCACGCUAGUGUUUUUCUUCCGUCGAAUAUCGGUUUAUUGGUGUUUUUUCCCUCAAGUAUUUUCUUCGAUUUUUACGGUGUAGUUGUAUGUUAACAGUGUACACGUACCGUGUAGAUCGAAUGUACAUUACCUCGGUAUAUCUGUAUUUAUUUCGUUCGACUAAUUAUUAUCAAUAUACGUUACAUACCAUAA